CUCAACUUACAGAACUGGCUUCUUGGGCUUCGGGAGUGUUUCCCAUUUAAACAAACAGUGCCGAAGAUGGCGGAGAGUUAAUGGUGUAAAGAAGAAAUUAUCGAUCCGGUAGAGAGAUACGUCCACAAGACUACAUUGACCAGCCCACAUAGGACCACACCCCCAGAGAGAGGGGAGGGGGGAUCUGAUCGUCCAUCAUCUCGGGCGCUGUCACAAGGUUUCAUCAGACAACAGCAAGCGGGGGUUUUGUCUAACGAUGAGCAGCAGACAGGGGAGGCAGGUAGACAGGCACACAGGGAGGCAGACAGGAGGAUAGGCGAGAAGAGACACAGGUGCUGAUAUGUGUACACGAUGAGCGGACUGGGGGAGAACUCCAUGGAGCCUCUGAGCUCAGAAAACCGGAAACGCAAGCUCUCCACUUGCGACACGCCUGGUCUGGGGUGUGAGAGGAAGCGACGGGAGCAGGAGAGCAAAUACAUAGAGGAGCUGGCAGAGCUGAUCUCUGCCAACCUCAGCGACAUCGACAGCUUCAACGUCAAACCAGACAAAUGUGCCAUCCUCAAAGAGACGGUGCGCCAGAUCCGCCAGAUCAAAGAACAGGGAAAAGCUUCAUCCAACGACGACGACGUCCAGAAGUCAGAUGUGUCCUCGACAGGUCAGGGGGUCAUUGACAAGGACCACCUGGGGCCGCUCCUGCUGCAGGCUCUGGACGGCUUCCUGUUUGUGGUGAACCGGGAGGGCAGCAUCGUGUUUGUGUCUGACAACGUGACGCAGUACCUACAAUACAAACAGGAGGAGCUCAUCAACACCAGUGUGUACAAUAUUCUCCAUGAGGACGACAGGGAGGAGUUUCACAAGAACCUGCCCAAGACCAACAUAAAUGGAGUGUCGUGGGGAAGCGAGGCAGCCCGACAGAAGAGUCACACCUUCACUUGCCGGAUGCUGGUCAAGUUUGGCCACCCCCACGGCCCCAUGGAGGAUGGGCCAGGAGGGCCACGCUACGAGACCAUGCAGUGUUUUGCUCUUACCCAACCCAAGGCCAUGAUCGAGGAGGGGGAAGACCUUCAGUCAUGUAUGAUCUGUGUGGCCCGUCGGGUGACAGCCAUGGAGAGAACGGAGAGUUUUAAUACCCGGCAUGAGCUCUCAGGUAAACUGAUCCAGAUCGACCAGAACUCUCUGCGAGCGUCAAUGCGUCCAGGCUGGGAGGAUUUGUUGAGGCGUUGCAUUCAGAUGUUCCUUCAGCACAGUGACGGGCAGCCCUGGUCGCACAAACGCCACUACCAUGAGGCCUUCCUGCAGGGUCACGCUGAGACACCCUUGUACCGCUUCUCCCUGUCUGACGGCACUCCGGUCACAGCCCAGACCAAGAGCAAACUGUACCGUCACCCCAUGAGCAACGAGCCGCAAGGCUUCAUCUCCACUCACCUACUACAGAGGGAACCAAAUGGCUAUCGCUCAGCUCAGGGUGGGAGCAUGAUGCCAAACACUAUGAGACAACCCGGCAUAGGAGGCCCCAACCCGAAUGCCCAAAUGAAUAUGAACACCAGUGGGGGGAUGGGCAUGGGAGGCAUGGCCAGCAUGAGCAGAGGCUACGGCAUGAACGAGCAGGGCCACAUGGGUCACAUGGGACCGAUGGGAGGCGCAUCUAUGUACGGAGGGAGCGGUGGAGGAGGAAGUGGAGGUGGAGGCAUGGGCAACCGCAUGAUGCCGAUGAAUCAGAUGGGGCAGAUGAAUCAGGUGGGGCACAUGAAUCAGAUGAAUCAGAUGGGUCCCAUGAAUCACCCGGGACAAGGCGUGCAGCAGCACCCACAGCAGCCCCCGUUUCAGAGCAGCGGAGGGUUUGGGCUGAGUGGCAUUAACAGCCCUUCAGGAAGCCCGAGAAUGGGCUGCCCUCAGCAGGGGCUCCUGAUGUCACCCCGGAACCGAGGGAGCCCAAAGAUGGGCGCCAACCAGUUCUCCCCUGGAGGUAUACACUCUCCCAUGAGUGGCAUUGUCAGUGGGGGAGGAAGUGGGGGAAGCACCACCACCUUCUCAAGCAGCUCCCUAAACGCCCUACAAGCGAUCAGUGAAGGAGUAGGAAGCUCCCUCCCCUCAACCCUGACGUCGCCAACGCCAGCCCACAAACCAGACAGCUCUCCCAGCGUCCACUCCUCCUCCUCUUCUUCUCAGCCCAGUCAGCAGGCCAAACUUGGCCAAGAUGGCUCCAAAAGCCCAGCAGGAGGCAUAGGGCCUGGGCCCAGCGACCAUCACCACCCCAUGCACCAUCACCACCAUCAUCAGCAUCCUCAGGCUGAGAGUUCUGGAGACCGACCAGACAGCCAGGCAGCUACAGCGACUAAAGAGUCUGGAGAGGGAAGCAAUGAGGCAGGGGUGGCCAGCUCUGAACCACCUCGGAGGGUGCCAGACAGUAAGGGGCAUAAGAAGUUGCUGCAGUUGCUGACAUCCCCAACUGAGGAGCUGGGAAUAGGUGGCAGCGGGUCAAAAGGGCCCCCUGUACCACCCCCGUCAACCAGCAGCAGCAUUCCUGCAUGCUCAGAUGGUAAGGACCCCACUGGAGGCAUGACUAGCCCAUCAUCUACUGGGGUGUCCUCUUCCUCUUCAGCCAAUCCAGGCCAGACCACCGGGCCAGGGGGCGUGUCAACAUCAAUAUCGCCCGCCCACUACACAGGCUCGCUGCAAGAAAAGCACAAGAUCCUCCACAAGCUUCUUCAAAAUGGAAAUACCCCAGAUGAAGUAGCUAAGAUCACAGCCGAGGCUACAGGAAAGGUGACACUGGGGGGCCAGGAGGGGGAUGAGGCUGGGACAGUAGGAUCGGGAGCCGGGGUCACAGAGCCCAAGCAGGAGCAACAUAGCCCCAAGAAGGAGAAGACCCACGCCCUCCUCCACUACCUCCUCAACAAGGAUGAUUCCAAAGAGCCGGUGGAUGUCAAGCCUAAACUUGAAGAGCUAGAUGGGAAGGGAGCCCCGGGGGCCGCUGGCGGCCCUGCACGGGGCGGCCCUGGAUCUGGGCCUGGCCCUGCCCCUGAUCAUCCUGAGAGCAAGAUCAAGUCAGAGCCACCUGAUGACUUGCACAACCUGGAGUCUAUCCUUGGAGAUUUGAGGGGUUCAAGCUCUGACUUUUACCCGGAUCAAGCUGGAGGUGGAGGGGCUAACGACACAGGAAGCAAACCCCAGGGUUGCCUUGACGACAACCUGCAGGGGAGUCCAGGAAUGGGUCCGGGACCUCGGGGGCCCUUCCAGAGGGCCAUGUCCAUGGAAGGGAAGCCUCUUGUUGGGCCUGUAGGAGCAGGCAGACGCCCUAUGCUUAUCAAGCAAGAGAACAUGAUGGGCAGCCCAGAUGGCUACCCAGGAAACAUGGGACCAAUGAAUAGGGGAAUGGUUCCUCAGAGGUCUCCCAUGGGGGGGUCAGGGGACUGGGGCAUUGCCCGCUCCAGUGCUAGCCCAGUAGGCUCCGCAGGACACCCAUCCAUGAUGCGCCCAGGCAUGGAGUACAACAAUAGCAAGGGCAUGAUGUCAGGAGCUAUGGUCGGCCGCUCCAACAGCGUACCAGGCACCAGGUCUAUGCUGCAGCAACAGCUCAUGGAUAUGGGAGGCUCUGCUGACAUGGGCAUGGGUAUGAGCCCCUUCAGCCAGCAGGGCCAGCCCAACCAGUCCCCCUCCUGGCCGGACACUAUAAUGGGCAUGGAGGGUAACAGACGCCAGUUUGGAAACACCUUAGAUGAUCUUCUGGUGCCUCCCACCACCAGUGAGGGUCAGAGCGAUGAGCGGGCGCUUCUGGACCAGUUGGACUCUCUGCUGAAUAACACAGACGGCAUCGCUCUGGAGGAGAUAGACCGAGCCCUGGGCAUCCCAGACCUCGUCAGCCAGAACCAGGGAAGUGAGCAGCAGUUGGAGCCUUUCCCAGGGCAGGACCCAUCCAUGGUGCUGGACCAGAAGCCUCUUUAUGGACAGGGCUAUCCCGGACCCCCCGCCAUGCCUAUGCAGUCUGGCUAUGGAGGGAACCCCAUGCAGGGACAGGCUCAGCAGGGUGGGUUUGGGCCCAUGCUGUCUCAGAUGGGCCAAGGUGGCAGCUUCCCUGGUAUGGGUGGAAUGGGCGGCAUGGGGCACCCUCGUGCCAACAUGAUGAGACCCAGGAUGAUGACGGCCAACAAGCCCAUGAGGCUCCAGCUGCAACAGAGGCUGCAGGGACAGCAGUUCAUGAAUCAGACACGGCAGGGCAUGGGCAUGAAGAUGGAGAACCCAGGAGGCAACCCUGGCAUGAGGCCCAGCAUGCAGCCUGGCAUGGGAGGACAGCCGAGCUUCAUCAAUGCUCAGAUGAUGGCUCAGCGCAGCAGGGAGAUGGUCACCAUGCAGAUGAGGAGGCAGCGCAUGAUGAUAAUGAUGCAGCAGCAGCAGCAUGCGGCAGCCGCUGCCGCAGCCGCAGGAGGAUUCAGUCCCCCUCCAAACGUUACGGCUCCGGGUGGCAUGGAGAACCCUAUGGGAGGGCCAAACAUGGGCCAGCCGGGCCCCCAGCAGUUCGGCUAUAGUGGGAACUAUGGGAUGGGCCAGCAGGGAGACCCCUCGUUCGGCCCAUCAGGCGGCAGUCCUUCUAACGCCAUGAUGCCCAGCCGCCUGGGGCCUCAAAACCCCAUGAUGCAGCAGCACCCACAGGGCGGUCCCAUGUACCAGGGGGCAGAUAUGAAAGGCUGGCCGCAGGGAGGCAUGGGACGCAACAGUUCAUACCCUCAGCAGCAGUUUGGCCAGCAGGGACCUCCGGGGCAGCAGCAGUUUGGGCAACAGGCGAAUCCAGGCCAGUAUGGGGGCAUGAUGAUGAACGGGGGCAUGCCAGCCAGCGGAGGAGGAGGUCACAUGGGCCAGAUGGGAGGGCAGAUGGGUAUGAACCCAAUGGUGAUGGGACGCAUGCCGAUGGGGCCUGAUCAGAAAUACUGCUGAGCAUCGUGACGGAAGCAUUCGUCUCACUGUGAUCUCUGUUCAGAGAUAGGACACGGCUGCAGCACUGGAGGGUGUGUGGAGGACCAGGCGGUGUGUGUCUGUGUGUAGUGCUGCACUCCCACCAGACGGGGGAGUGAACUUCCUUUGGACUCACAGCCAGUAAUGGCAGUCUGGCAACAUGGGGAAAACAGACAGACUGUCACAAACAGAAAUGAAAACACGCAGUGUUCAUAAAAAUCAGAAACACUGUGACACACACAUAAAUCCUAAAACAGUCAGAUAGAUGUGAUUCCUCUCAUAGACUGUAGUUUGAUAUUCCUCUCUUUAUGAGCGGUGUGUGUGUGUGCGUCUCAGUAAACACACGUCGCUCACUGGACCAAACGGUGAAGGUGGACAGACACUUGAGUCGAUCACAAACAUGAACAUGGACAAACAUGUUAAGACAUCCUCUCCUCUGUCGAAUGUACCACGAAACUGUGUUCCGAUUUAAAAUGUAGGAUUCCUCUCUUGUUUCUGAACUUUGUGGGAUUUUAGUUUUUACCUGCCGUCUCUCUGCUGCUCCUGGAGGAUCUCUGCGUACGUAAAGUAAACAUGGUUCUAGAUGAUGAUGAACCAUCAUAUUUUGACACUCAGAUGAAUGUCAUAAAGCAGUAGUAGCACAUUGUUUUGUCCUCCAGGAUGCCGCUGGGCUAGUACAAGUGAAUUACUUGUUGGCUUAUUGCACUUUAAGGAAAGGCCAACAUCAAAAGGAUUGUGGCAAUAUAGAGGCCUUUACCCAAGAAUUAAUGCAUAGCAGCAGUUGUUUAGUGUGUGUGUGUGUGUGUGUGUGUGUGUGUGUGUGUGUGUG